UUAAGAUUGGAGAGUGAUUGGAAAUUUUGAAGCAUUGUUUCUGGGAGGACCGCUAAACUCGUUGGACUCUGGUGCUACAUUUAUUUUUCUCCCCCCUUAGGUAGAAGCAGGUUCUUUACUUGUACGAUGAGGCUUAGCAGUCUGCUCCGCUUUCCCUAUGACUUUGGGGGGCGUGAGGUGGUGCACUGGUUCCCUGGACAUAUGGCUAAAGGAAUUAAACAGAUGAGGGCUAAAUUAACAAAAGUGGACUGCAUUGUGGAAGUACAUGAUGCAAGAAUUCCUUUAUCUGGUCGAAAUCCUUUCUUUAAAGAGUACCUUGGAAUUAAACCUCACCUGCUUAUACUCAACAAAAUGGAUCUAGCUGACCUGUCUCAUCAAAAUAGGAUCACCUCACAACUUAGGAAGCAGGAAGUUGGAAAGGUUAUAUACACUGACUGUAUACAGGAGGAAAACAUCAAACAGGUAGUUCCAGCAAUUGUAGAGCGCAUUAAAUGCAAUCCUCGAUUCCACAGAGAAGAGAACCCAGAAAUCAGCAUUAUGGUAACUGGAAUUCCCAACGUUGGAAAAUCUUCUCUGGUAAACUCACUGCGUAGAAUACAUCUAAGGAAAGGGAAGGCCUCUAGAGUUGGUGGAGAACCUGGAAUCACCCGCUCAGUGCUGUAUAAAAUACAGGUAUCUGAAAAUCCUCUAAUCUACCUCUUUGACACUCCGGGUGUUCUCUCCCCACAUAUUGAGAAUGUUGAGACAGGAAUGAAAUUAGCUCUAUGUGGAACAAUCCUUGAUCAUUUGGUGGGAGAGGAUAUCAUAGCUGAUUAUCUCCUUUAUACCCUAAAUAAUUACCCCCAACACAGAUACGUGCAGCAUUAUGAAUUAGAAAGACCGUGUUCAGACAUUGAGACCGUCCUAAAGAAAAUUGCUCAAAGGCUAGGAAAGACUCAGAAAGUGAAAGCCAUCACUGGUACUGGGGAUGUCAACAUAACUAUUCCAAACUACAGCGCUGCUGCUUAUGACUUCAUACGUGCUUUCCGCAAAGGAGAUCUUGGGAGGGUGGCAUUGGAUUGAUAAAACACAAGUGGACUACGCUUCUACAGGACAUGCAUUGUGACUCAGAGCAUUUGGCUGUUUGAUAACAUAUUAAUCUGUUGCUGGUAGUGCAGAAUUGUUCAAAUUCCAGUCAUUGUCAUUGACAGAUGACUGCUGUGUUGCCUUGCUGUUUUUAUAUGCCUACAGGAAAUGCUGAAGAUAGCAAGGAAUACAACAGUGGGAACAUACAACCCCAGGGUAAGCUAUGCUUGAUUGUCAGGGCACAGUA